CAGAGCCCCACUCCCUCACACAGAGAGUAGAGUGCAUGGACUUCCAGCUGCACAAAUAGAGACUUGUCCAUUGAAUCUGAAAGUGAGAUUUUCUGGAGAACUUUUCUAUUUGACACUAGAUUUGAUCAAUAUGAGUUCCAUGUUCCCAGCCAAAAUUCAGUCCAAGAUGGAGCUGGCAAAGGGCAUGAAGGAGGAGGAAAAGUUGUACAUGUAUAAUGGAGUGCUGUAUCCUGUCAUUAUGUGCCCGGAGGAGAACCUGAAGGCUUUACAAGAACUGGAAGCCAGGGAAGAUGAUAUCAUGCUAGUUGCCUACCCCAAAUGUGGUUUCAACUGGGCAGUGGCAGUGCUUCGGAAAAUCAUAACUGCUUCUUCUGGAGAGAAAACUGAGAACAAGAUCCCUCCACUCAUGGAGUUCUUUGGGCCCGAAAUGCUGCAGGUCAUUGGUCAAGCAUCAUCUCCAAGGCUCUUGGGGACACACAUGCAUCCAGAUUACAUCCCUGCAUCUUUCAACGCAAAGAAAACAAAGAUGCUGGUCAUUUUCAGGAACCCUAAAGACACACUGGUCUCCUUCUACCACUUUUCAAACAAGAACCCUGUUCUCCCCACCGCCGAGUCCUGGGACAACUUCUACUCACAGUUCAUGAGUGGGGAAGUUCCAUGGGGUUCGUACUUUGAUCAUGCACAGGCCUGGGAGAAAAAGAUGGAUGACCCCAAUGUGAUGAUAGUGACUUUUGAAGAGCUAAAACAGGACCUCAAUAAAGGUGUGCGUCAAGUGGCCGAUUUCUUUGGCUUCAACCUGACUGAUUCUCAAGUCCAGGCUAUCACUCAGGAGAGCACCUUCAAUGCAAUGAAAGAGAGCUCCAAGGACUCCCAUGGACAGAUGGGCAACAUCUUCUUCAGGAAAGGAGAGGUAGGGGACUGGAAGAAUCACUUCAGCCCAGCCCAGAGUCAAGAGAUGGAUGCUGCCUUCCAGAAGCACCUCGCAGGCACCAAACUAGGAGCCAAAUUGAACUACGACCUGCACUGCAAGUAGGCCGUGUUUUCAACGGGAAAAGCACAAGCAGACACCCUACCUGCCCAUGAAUGACAAGUGUCAAACAGCAAGUGAAUAGAACAAGUGUCGUUCUAUCACGCAAUCUGAGCUUUUGCUCAAACCAAGCUACAGUGCCAGAAAGAUGCCAUUUGUUUUAAUUGGCCCAGGCAGAUUCAACCACGCAGAUAACGUAUUUAAGAUGAUUGAUAUCGUGUUUAUCAUAGGACUGAUCUCCGUCAGAACAACAGAGGUCAGGACAAGGGAUACCAAGGCAGGGAGGGGGGAUCGUGCACAAUAGGACACAAAAGAGAAGAAUUUACCAAUUAUACAUCACUGGACAAAACAUCCAUACAAUACUACACUGUAGCCACUCAAGGAUAUAUACUAUUUGUGAAACUGUGACAUUGGAAAAUACAUAGUAAAAGAUAAACCUCUAGAUUUUAUAUACAACUUGUACAAUUUGUUUUUAUAUCACUGAACUUGAAUAAAAAGUGUUUUCACAGA